GCAACAUGUUUGACAACACUCAAUAUCCCUACAACUGCUUUAACUAUGACGGGGACGAUUACCCAACUUGCAGCUCGGAUGAGGAGAAGAAAUUCACCCGACCGGCAUACAGCUAUAUCGCUUUAAUCGCCAUGGCCAUUCAGCAGAGCCCCUCAAACAAAGUGACCCUUUCGGGCAUCUACGACUUCAUCAUGAAGAAGUUCCCGUACUACAGGACCAACCAGCGAGCGUGGCAGAACUCGAUCCGACACAACCUUUCUCUGAACAGUUGCUUCGUUAAGGUUCCACGAACAGAAGGCAAUGAAAAGGGGAAAGGGAAUUACUGGAGCUUCGCAUCAGGUUGCGAGUCCAUGUUGGAUCUCUUCGAAAACGGGAAUUAUAGGAGGAGGCGGCGACGGAGAAACGUGAAGCGAGAAGCCAGAGGAAAAAGAUCUGCUGGGGAGCAGAACGCUCUGCCUGCGUUUCCCUCGGCAGAUUCGGGCUUAUCCGGCGUGUCUUGUUCUUCCGGUGAGAAAAUGGAACCUCGGCCCAAAGCGCUGGAGCCCGGCGAGUUUUUUCCGAGCGCCGGCGCCAGCCGAGAGAGUCUAAACAGCUCCUCGGUAGGAAAAUCUGACUCCGAAAUUAAAUUUAGCAUUGAUUACAUUCUGUCCGCCCCGGACCCUCUGCCUGCGCUGAGGUCUCCGUAUCACGCGCAAGACAACAAACUCCCCUUCUUGGAUUCUCCGCACAUCAACCUCCAGUUUUGGACAAUGUAA